AGAGAAGGUAUCUCGUCCUUUCUUAAGCGACAUGUCCACGCAGCUCUUGGCUCCAAGUAGCUGAGGUGGCUCGUGAUUUGUGAUGUUUCUGCGAAUGUCCCUCCAGCACUUCUAAAAAUGCGUGCACCACUACCAGUCGACCACUGUUAACCAAUGGGCACGAAUGUUGGCACACUGCAACUAAGAUUGCAACCACGGAGUUAACGUGACUGAUGUGGGAAGUGACUGUGCGCAUUUUAUUGAAUGAAUCCAUUGCAACCUACAUCUUGGGGUGCCCACUGGUUAACGGUGUAGCGAGUGGUAAGCCAUUUCAUGAUCUCUCUGAACCCCUCCCCAUGGCUUCACUUUAUGGUGCACUUGAGCAAACAGACAAGGAAAAAGGCAUACAAAGCACUCCUGGACAACCUCCCGGAGGAAACAAGGUCGUAGUUCCAGCGGGCUGGGCAUCACAGGCGCGGUUUAUCCAACCAGUGACUGUGAAGCGAAAACCCCAGUCCAAUGGUCCACGCCCUCGAUCCAUGCUGAAAAAUGCUACCAAAUGGGCCAACGCAGCCGCUUCUCUGGCAGAAGAUUCAGUGGGUUCACCCCGCGAAGACAUUCCUGUCCAAGAGCCAGUGCUUCUGUUGAGAGGUAGCCCGGAGCAGAAGAAGAGACAAAGAGCACACAACCUGAAGCAAUCUGAAUCCCUGACAGAUAUAUACGACCCCGCAAGUCCAAAUGAGUUUUACGCCUUUAAGAAGGAAGCUAAACGACGGAAGGAUGUGGAAAGAGGGCGUAAUUCUUCCGGUUCACGGAAUGAUCCAAUAGCUCAAGAAACUGUCAAUUGGACAACGAGCUCACCGCCUAGUGAGACUAUAAAAAUGCUCCCAGAUAGAUCUGUUCAACUUCAGACACCGCUAGAUAUGUCUGGCGAAGAGGCAUACAUGAGGAGGGCUCGUUUGACUGGCGCUGGAACUGGUUUGAAUGGUCAGAAUGCACCAGUGAUAUCACCGGUCCAUCAGGAGCCGUCCAGGGUUGUACUCCUCAUCAACAUGGUGGGUCCGGGGGAGGCGGACGCAAGCUUGCAGCAGGAAACUGCUGAAGAAUGUAGCAGGUAUGGCAAAGUGGAGCGAUGUACAGUAUUUGAGGUCCCCUAUCAUGUUCCUGAGGAAGAAGCUGUGAGAAUUUUCGUAGAGUUUUCUGAUAUUGGAUCUGCAGUACGAGGUAUGCUGCGAUUUUCUGUCUGCCGGACAGAGGACAGUUUAUUAGUGCGUCGCGCGAUGCACGGAACCACCUUGACUGACCUUACUGCCAUUACAAAGCACAAUCAGACCUGAAUGGCAGAUUUUUUGGUGGCAGGGUGGUUAGCGCUUCUUUCUAUGAUGUGGAUCGAUUCUACGCCAAUCAGUAUGAUUAAUAGUGCAAAUGAUCAGACCACUGUUUUGUUUGUAUUUGGAUUGAACCGAUGCAUUUAAUGUACAGUACUGUCCAGUAUAAAUUAGGUUAAUGGUUCCAACCGCUUUUAUGUGCCAUCAAG